AUGCCAUCGCCCUCAUCUCGUACGUUACUCUCAGCACUCACAGUUGAUACGCUACCCUUCGGUCAGUACACAGUAUCGAAGCGAGAGCUAUUCGGGCUUACUGAACACUCCUAUGCACUUGUUAAUCUAAAACCUGUUGUGCCAGGCCAUGUACUGGUGUGUAGUCGUAGACCAGUUGGCCGCCUCCAUGAUCUGUCCCCUAUGGAGCUGGCGGAUUUAUGGCAGCUUGCAACGAAGGUUGACAGGUGCCUUCUGAGAGCAUUCCCUGAUAUGGACUCUAGCACAUAUGCUGUACAGGACGGCCCUUCUGCUGGGCAAACUGUUGAACACGUCCACAUCCAUGUUAUGCCUAGAGGACCGAAGGACGCCUUUAAUUUGCAAGGAGAAAAUGAUAAGGUCUACGAUGCGAUUCAAGACAACGAGCGACAGUGUGUUCGAAUGGACAUCCCCUCGGACGAGGAGCGGAAGCCGCGUACAGAGGAAGAGAUGUUCGAGGAAGCUGCGAUGCUUCUCGAGAUCAUGGAUGAGAUUGAGAGAGAGGAUGCCUGA